UUACCAUUUACAUCAUCUGUGGCAAGGUGCUCCUUUUAUCAUAUUAGUGCUAUUGGCUGUCUUUGCCUUCCUCUAUUUUGCAUAUUACAAGAAAACAGGUGGCGAAAUCCGGUGCAAGAAACUGUAACUUGUGGACUCGUCAUCAUUGAAGGUUGACUGGACCGACAAGAGCUUAUAUUUUGAUACCGCCAUCUGUUCAUCGACUUGUGUAUCGAGUGAUCAGCAGAUCCCGACAAAGAGAUCAAUAAAAUGGAUCGGCCAAAUUGGGAGAGUCCUGGUUUAGACAUGGGCCAUGGAUUCGUAGAACAGAUUAGAAGACGUCAGCACCGAAAUCUUCAAGAUAAUCAGACCACUAAAAAUGUUACAGUGCGCAUGUCUCCAAGAUGUAGAUCUACCAAACCCACCAUGAACUUCUAUGUUCCCCCGGCAGCCAGGAAAUCAGAAGCCACGGCACAACCCCACAAGACUGAAGUUGAACAGAGUUCGUCAUAUCCUAGUCAUGUCGUCAUGACGAACCCUCUCCUCGACAAGUUCAAAAUUGAGAAGUUUCCCGCCUAUUUACAACCGUAUAUUAUUCAAGCAUUGAUAAAUCCAGCAAAAUUAGGUGCAAAUGACAUGUUACCAAUUAUGGGAUAUGUAUGUAAAUAUUCCAUUGAUGAAUGCCAUUACACACUGACAGGAUCUAAGCUAUGUGCGGCUAUUAUACAGGUAUUUCCAAGAUGGCGGCCUGUCAACGUCUUGCGAACGACAGCUGCUAUCAUCACGCGUUAUGAUCGAUGGAAUCCCAAUUUGAAUGUUGUGCAGUUAAUGCUCAAAGCACAACAUGAUUGCAAAGAGUGGAUCUUCUUUAUGGAACAAAGUCCCGUGCACGUCUAUGACGAGUUUAACUACAGUAAGGCAGCCAAUGUUUGGAGCACAACAAAGUCAGAAGGAAUAGUUUAG